UUAGUGUGAUUAAAUGAUUAAAAUUGUUUAACAAUGGGCGACUUUCUGGCAGCUAAUAAUGUCUGCGGACAAAAUUUGUUACGACUGGUGUCUCGUGGGAACGCUAUCAUAGCUGAAUUAAUGCGACUGAAGGAUUAUGUGCCACCGAUUUUUAGUUUGGAUUCUAAGCAGUUGAUACAAAAGUAUGGCUCGAUCAUGAUCGAUUUUGCAUACUUCAAAGCAGCCAGUGUUUACGAACAGAAGAUAGAAGAUGAUCCGACACUCCAAGAAACAGAUGAAGAGCUGCGGAAUAAUUUCUCGGACAUACUGACAAGAUUUUAUUUAGCCUUCGAAAGUAUACAUAAGUAUGUCACGGAUCUGAAUUUUUAUGUCGACGAGUUGGGAGACGGAAUUUAUAUACAUCAAUCGGUGGACUCUAUUAUGUUCAAUGAAGAGGGAAAACAAUUAAUGUGCGAAGCCGUGUACUUGUACGGUGUCAUGUUACUGUUGGUGGACUAUCACUUUGAAGGCAGGAUACGCGAGAGAUUACUCGUGUCUUACUAUCGGUACAACGCGCAACGGUCUUCCUCGACGGGGGUGGAUGACGUCUGUAUGCUGCUGCGUUCAACGGGAUACGUCAGGACGUUGUUCAAGAGGCCAGCGAAUUAUCCCGAAGAAUAUUUCAAGAGAGUGCCGUUGCGAGACUUUCUGGUGGAUCUCGUCAUCGGUCGGCUGCGUUCGGACGAGAUCUACAAUCAGACUCUCGCUUUCCCGCAUCCAGAACAUCGUAGCACUGCGGUGGCCACGCAAGCGUCGAUGCUGGUGAUAAUUUUGUCGUUCAAGCCGACAAUACUGCACGCGCAAACCGCCAUCAUGAGGGAGAUAGUGGACAGAUUCUUCCCGGACAAUUGGGUGAUCAGUAUUUAUAUGGGAACGGUGAUCAAUCUGUGCGACUGGUGGUCCCCGUACAAGGCUGCGCGAACAGCGUUGAACAAUACACUUGAGAAUUCGAAUGUAAAAGGAAUCGCUCAGAAGUACGGAGUAAAGAUGGAUAAAUUAAUACGAGAGACCGAGGAAAUACAAUUGGCAGGCACGUUGGACGAAAGUGCGACAGGUUCUUUAGUCAAAUUAGUGAGGGAGUGUAACGUCACGUUGCACUGGAUCCUUCUGCACACAGCUACGCCCACUCUGGUCCUGGAGGAUUCGAAACGUUCGCGUACUCUGCGUCAGUUGGUCAUAACCGAGAGCAAAUACACCACGGCAAACUGCCUGCGCUUGCUACUGAGCACCGCUCAGAUUGAACAGGACGUUAAACAGAUGUACAAGGAUCUGUUGCUCGGAAAGGAAACCAAGUGGCUGAAGGACAAAGGAAUGUGCAUUGACCGUAUAACUGAUCUCGCGCAAAUCUUCGGAGGUGUGAAGCCCCUAGACGGCAUCGAUAAGAACCAACACCUUUACACGUGGUUCACGGAAAUAAACAAGCACAUUGAUUCACUGAAGCAGGAGGACGGGCGGAAAAUAGUGCAACUGUUGCAAGCGUUGGAACAAGUUCAGGAAUUUCACCAGUUGGAGAAUAAUCUGCACAUUUCGCAGUAUCUCGCUGACACACGCGAGACUCUGCACAAUAUGUUACGCACGGGCAGCAUAUCCGAAGAUACCAUGAUAAGUUUGAACAUCGUAACGGAUUGCUGCUACGCGUGGAACAUCAUGGAGUCCUUCGUCGACGUGAUGCAAGAGGGCAUAAAGGCAAAUCCGCCAAUGGUCAUCAAACUGAAAGCUCUUUUCCUUAAGAUGGCAUCGGCGCUGGAGACGCCGUUACUGAGGGUGAACCAAGCGCGGAGCGCGGAUUUAUCCUCCGUGUCCCAAUAUUACAGCAGAGAGCUGGAAGGAUACGCCAGGCGCGUUUUGCAAAUUAUACCUGAGACCGUGUUUGGCCUGUUGGCGCAGAUCGUGUACCUCGAAACGAAUGCGUUUAAAGAGAUCCCGACGAAAUUGCCCAAAGACAAGCUCAAGGACUACGCGCAACUAGCUGACAGACUGCAGAUGGCCAAACUAACGUACGCUGUAUCAGUCUUUACGAAGGGCGUUUUGUCGCUGAGAAGUGUUUCUUUGGGAGUUUUAAGGGUUGACUCGCAUCGUCUCCUGGAGGACGGUAUACGUCAGGAACUCGUCAAGAAAGUUAGUUUAGCCUUGCACAACGGUCUUAAUUUUGACCAAAAGUCCAAGACGUCUCUUUUACAAAAAUUAUGUAAUUUAUCUUCGAUUAUGGACGGGUACAGAAAAUCGUUUCAAUAUAUUCAGGACUACAUUAAUAUCAACAGUUUGAAAAUCUGGCAUGAAGAAAUUACGUACAUCAUGAAUAACGCGGUCGAGGAGGAACGUAGAGGCUUCUCUUGGGUGCCAGGAAAAUCGUGGAGGCAAUUUCACGAGGACAAGCAUGCGCUUCCGACGGAUAAUAAUUCCCUGACGUUCAUGGGUAGACUUGCCAGAGAGCUUAUUCAUAUCACCGAACCCCGGACUACCGUGUACAUAGAACACUCCCUGGCUUGGUACGACAUCAAAACGCAAAACGAGGUGUUAAAUUACAAGAUCUUUUCGGUGAUACUGGAGACGAUCGGUACGCCAGGCCUGUCAGGAUUGGAUAAGCUUAUCUCCUUUUUCAUCGUCAUCGAAUUGGAGGCUUUGAUCCACCAUAUAGAGAAAGGGUUGCGGAACAAGAGUUGGACGUCGAUGCUGGAGGAUUGCGAAGCUACCUUGAGUACUUUAGACAGCGCUAAAAGUAAUAUUACGAAACUUCAUAAUUCUAUAAGCGCCAGCAGCGGUAAACUGUGGUCGUCGGCGCUCGAGUGGACGCUGAAGAUAGGCCACUACCAGUUGCUCAGGAAAAAGAUAGCGUACGAGCUAAACACUGCUUGCAAAUUUGAAGCGAAGCAUAUGGAGGCUGCCCUUCGCACCUUAAACACGGCUAUCUUGUGCGAGAUAGCGAGACAAGAUAACGAGACUGAGCAGGAAAAGAGCGAGUUGCUUCAUGAGCUUAGCACGCGAUUGGACUGGGCUGGCAUCAGCGACCCGCACAACAAAGUUUACAUUAAACCACCGAAGAUGGACAACAUAGCUCUCAUUGUCUUCUUGUUUACGGUGUCGCAGUUAAAUAAAUUGUUUUACUGUAAAAAUACAGCGAGUCUCUUGAGCAAGAGACAUCAAGAUCCUAUUGAUGCUGUGGUGUUCGCGAUAGGAAUACAAACGAUUCUCCGUCAGUUUCACGUUUCUGUGAUGAAUCGUUUUGUGAAGUAUCUUUGUGUGUAUACCUUGUCGUUCGUCACCACGGAGAGUAUGAAAGCAGGGAGUGAAGCAGAAACCGAAGGAGCUACAAAUCUCCAUUUUCUAGAGCUUUUUGUGAAAUAUUCUGGCAUUCCGCGUUCUCUUAUUCUUAAAGAAAUACCCGUCGUCGUUUUAGAUCAUUCCCUAGUCAAAAUGGCAAAAUAA